GCGUCUGAGGUUCAUGUUUAUGUCUGUCAAGUUUGUGAUUGGGCGACUCGUAAAUGUGCGUUGAGCAUCCGCGCGCCGUGGGCGGGAACAGGAAUGUUUAUAAACCACGGUGCGCGCGCCGUGGGCGGGAAGACUGUAUUGAGAAAGUAGUGAUUCGAGAGGGAGAAAGGAGAAAGCGCGAGGACGCGCGGCUGCAACGGGCGGCUGUGGCUGACUGGAGCUCGUAGUGGAGGCGCGGCUUCCACUGCCCCUCCACCUAAGCAGCUGUAUGGACGACCACCUCAGUCUCCUCCACUCGCCUCCACCUUCCUCAACCAAGCACAGGGGCAACCUCGUAAACCACGGCUACGCCGAAAACGACCAAUACAUCAUGACAAUUGUUGCUUGCGACAACAUGCUGGAGGAGUCGGCGGCGCUGCCCGGGCACCACUCGCUGGAGCGCUACGAGCCAGACCAUGAAUGUUGCGAAAGAGUUGUCAUCAAUAUAUCAGGCUUGCGUUUCGAGACCCAGCUCAAAACCCUUUCUCAAUUCCCUGAGACUUUACUCGGAGACCCCAAGAAGAGAAUGCGCUACUUUGACCCACUGAGAAACGAGUAUUUCUUUGACAGAAAUCGCCCCAGCUUCGAUGCCAUUUUAUAUUACUACCAGUCAGGGGGGCGUAUACGGAGACCUGUCAACGUUCCUAUUGACAUUUUCUCGGAGGAGAUACGCUUCUAUGAACUUGGGGAGGAAGCCAUGGAGAAAUUUAGAGAAGAUGAAGGCUUUAUAAAAGAGGAAGAGCGCCCUUUGCCCACAAAUGAAUAUCAGCGACAGGUGUGGUUGCUGUUCGAGUAUCCAGAGAGCUCAGGUCCAGCCAGGGGUAUUGCUAUCGUCUCGGUUUUGGUGAUUUUAAUAUCUAUCGUUAUUUUUUGUCUGGAAACGUUACCCGAGUUUCGUGAUGACAAAGACCGCGCCACGGCCGCUCCCCUAAUAAACGGAACUGUCCCUUACUUCACGAGUCCUUUCUCCGACCCUUUCUUUGUCGUUGAGACCCUUUGCAUAAUUUGGUUUUCGUUUGAACUGCUUGUCAGAUUUUUUGCGUGCCCGAGCAAGGCUACGUUCUCCAAAAACAUAAUGAACAUCAUUGACAUUGUGGCAAUCAUACCCUAUUUCAUCACCCUAGGGACUGAACUCGCAGAAAGGCAAGGAAACGGCCAGCAGGCGAUGUCCUUGGCCAUUCUCCGGGUCAUCAGACUUGUCCGGGUGUUUAGGAUUUUCAAGCUAUCGCGGCACUCAAAAGGUCUCCAGAUUUUAGGGCAAACCCUGAAAGCCAGCAUGAGAGAGCUGGGCUUGUUGAUAUUCUUUCUCUUCAUUGGGGUUAUACUGUUCUCUAGCGCCGUCUACUUCGCAGAGGCAGAUGAUCCCGACUCGGGCUUCAACAGCAUCCCCGAUGCGUUCUGGUGGGCGGUGGUCACCAUGACGACAGUGGGAUACGGAGAUAUGCACCCAGUCACCAUAGGGGGCAAAAUCGUUGGCUCUCUGUGUGCGAUUGCGGGCGUGUUAACCAUCGCUUUGCCAGUCCCUGUUAUAGUGUCCAAUUUUAACUAUUUCUACCACAGAGAGACUGAGGGAGAGGAGCAGGCUCAGUACCUCCACAUUGGCAGCUGUCAGCCUUUGUCCUCCUCCGAGGAGUUAAAGAAGACGCGUAGCACGUCGUCCCUCAGCAAGUCGGAAUAUAUGGUCAUUGAGGAGGGCAUCAACAGCGCGUUUAAGCAGCCCAACUUCCCCGCUCACAACAACCAAAACUGCGUAAACAUUAAAAAGAUGUUCACAGACGUCUAGACUGAUAGAAAGUGCGUUUAUAUGAGAACUGUACCAAUAAUAAUCUUCGCGUAUCGGUGCGUAAAGGCAAAGCUGUGGGAUAAUGUCAUGGCUAAUGGCAGUGGAGUGCUCCAUUUCCAAGACCGAGAGUCAUUAUUACGUGUUUUACGCGCCGGUCCCAUGCAGUGUUUGUCACCCAUUCGAUUUAACCAUAUUACUGUGAGAACAAAGCCACUAUUGGCUUACAGACUAUUUAGGGUCUUUUAGGGAACUUUCACUCAUGUAGACAGUAUGUGAAAUAAGUAUAUCGACCUAAAUAAUUUGCUCAUUGCCUAUUUAUUGCAAAUUUGCUCCAGUUUUUGGGCGAGAAAAUGAGAGCAGAUAAAGACGUGGAGAGGUAGCCUAUUUAAUGCCAUCGUGUGUUUUCUUACACAUUGGACAAAAAUACGGAUAACAUAUCACUUGUUGAAUUAAGUGUCUUACAAUGACUUAUAUUGUGCUUAUUUUCUGUGUUUGUGUCUCGUCAACAAAGAUGCAUAAGAUGCUGUAUGUGCACUUUUGUUCUGCUAUUCGUGCAGAGAUAGAAAAUCUGAGAAUUUUGACUUGUAAUACAUUUUAAGCACAAAUCUCAGAGACUUUUUAAUGUGCAACAAUGAGACAAGCGCGGUGGGGAGAUCGCUUUCGACUGGAUACUUUUAAUCACGUUGGAGUGAUGCAGUCUCCAUAGCGACGAUAGGCUCCGCGGUACCCGCUACUGUUGCCAUGGCGUUCUUUUUUGUUUUCACAGUAAUCCUUCAGAUUGCUUUUUAGUCUGGAUGAAGAUUCAACCCAGAAUGAGCUAAUAUGACCUCCUAUGAAUGCUACAGGUCAACGCGGAACCACAAAUUGUACUGGAUUAUAUUUUAAAUUUCCACCCAUUAAGACACUCCCUGGGAUAAAGUGCAAUACGUUUCAAAUAUGAGUUGUUACACACCUAAACACUGCCCAAUUCACUGAUCAUCAAAAGAGGCUGCUGCUGUACCAACGCCAAAUGUUUUGAGCCUAUUCCCAAACAGGAUGGACUUCUCGCCUUGUCUUAAUAAACAGGGAAUCUAGGACAGGCUGUGUUUCUUGGGGAGCAUUAGAGAGAUGUUCUGCACGGCUGCAUUCACAGCCACCUCCUGUCUGUCUUCUGCUAUAUGGUGUAGCGUUUACUUGUAAUUUGAACCCAUCUUCCCUCUUUACCCUGCAAUGUAAUGCAUCCUAUAGUGUCUCCUUUGACCCGUUUAGCCUGAGAGGCAUUUCUGUGCUUUUUAAAGCUUUUACUGCUUUGGCCUCCAUGUUGCAUAAUAGACCUACUGUAAAUGAAAGUCCUCGACUCUUGGACUUUAUUCAGGACAAGUAAGCUCUACUUUCUGAUAUAAGGUCAGUCUAAAAGGCUAGAGGAAAUAAUGUGCAGAUUUUGUUUCGUGCUCCAUUUAUGUUACAAUAUUAAUCAUCUCUUGACAGUUUAUUAAUGAAAGGUUGGUAUAUUAGCAUUUUUAAUAAAUCGUGGUGCCUGCUUAAGUAACUAUCACUGAAUGGAUUAUCAUCUUAUUACUAAAGUUUGAUGUGCAAUUCAUCCUACACUAUUUGUGGUCCAGUAAUGAAUAAUACAUUUUCGCCUAUAGUACCCGUUUACGUUAAAGAGACAUUGAACAUAUUGCAAUUUGUACGUAUUUUACUAGGUGGGUAAUUCGUAUGAAUUUCUAUGACAUUUUUGUAUGUUUUUUUAUGAUUUGCUUUCACAUUAUUUUUUAUUUUAUAAUUGUACGUUUUUGUAUGAAUCACUUUGUAUG